AUGGAAUUAACAGGAGCAAAAUAUCAGCGCAAUCUCACCACAUGGGUAGAAUUUAUCCUACUUGGCUUUUCUGACAUUCCUGAACUCCAGAGAUUUCUUUUUUGGAUAUUUUUGAUAAUGUAUAUGAUUAUUUUGCUUGGAAACAGCCUAAUUAUCAUAGUUACAAAGGUUGAUUCUUGUCUUCAGACCCCCAUGUAUUUUUUCCUAAGGAACUUUUCUACCUUGGAAAUAUGCUAUGUGUCGGUGACUGUUCCUAGACUGUUAGCAGAUCUUUGCAGGCAGAAUAGAAAUAUUUCCUUUCUAGCCUGUGCUACUCAAAUGUUUUUCUUUCUGGUCUUAGGGGCUACUGAGUGCUUCAUUCUGACUGCAAUGUCUUAUGACAGGUAUGUGGCCAUUUGUAACCCAUUACUUUACCCUCUGAUCAUGAACACUCGACUGUGUAUGCAACUGGCAAUUGGCUGUUGGCUCAGUGCAGUUCCAUUAGAACUAGGGUUCACCUACCUGAUCUUCUCUCAACACUUCUGUGGACCUAACCAGCUGGAUCACUUUUUCUGUGAUGUCCCUCCAGUACUCAAACUAGCCUGUGGGAAUACUUUUAUGAUUGAGAUGUUACUUUACGUGGUAGCUUUUAUAGUUGCUACUGUUCCUUUCAUGUUGAUACUUGGAUCUUAUGUCAAAAUCAUCUCAACCAUCCUGAAACUUCCAUCAGCCACAGGGCGUGCCAAGGCCUUUUCUACUUGUUCUUCUCAUCUCAUGGUGGUGGGUUUAUUCUUCGGAUCAGCUAUCCUUACGUAUAUGAGGCCAAAAUCCAGCCAUUCAGUAGGAGUAGACAGACUGGUUUCUCUUUUUUACACCAUUGUGACACCAAUGUUUAACCCCAUGAUAUAUUGUUUGAGGAACAAAGAUGUCAUGGUAGCACUGAAAAAGUUUUUUACAAAGUUGAUUGUGUUACCAUUCACAAGCAUAAUUUUAAAAUCAUAA